AUGGCAAAGGUCGAUCACAAGGCCGUUCUCAUUGUCAUCGAUGGCUGGGGCUUACCCUCCGAGAAGUCCCCUCCAGAAGGAGACGCUAUUGCUGCGGCCGAAACUCCCUUCAUGGAUGGCUUCGCAAAGGAAGGCUCCGACACUGCACAAGGUUACACCGAGCUUGAGGCUUCCUCACUAGCAGUAGGACUACCCGAAGGCCUUAUGGGUAACUCUGAAGUUGGCCACUUGAAUAUCGGCGCGGGAAGAGUUGUCUGGCAAGAUGUUGUCAGGAUUGAUCAGACCAUCAAGAAGGGCGAAUUGAAUAAAAUCAAAAAUGUGACCAAUGCUUUCCAAAGGGCUGUUGAUGGCAAUGGGAGGCUCCAUUUUCUCGGCCUCGUCAGCGAUGGUGGUGUCCACAGCCACAUCAACCACCUAUUCGCCCUUCUCCAGGUUGCAAAGGAAUACAAGGUGCCACAAAUAUUUAUUCAUUUCUUUGGAGAUGGGAGAGAUACCGAUCCCAAAAGCGCUGCUGGAUAUUUGCAGCAGCUGCUCGACAAGCUUCAGGAGCUGGGCGUCGGUGAACUUGCUACUGUUGUUGGCCGUUACUACAUCAUGGACCGUGACAAGAGAUGGGACCGUGUAGAGAUUGGUAUGAAAGGACUUGUUGUUGGAGAAGGAGAGGACUCCACCGAUCCUGUGGUCACUAUCAAGUCACGCUACGAGAAAGGCGAGAAUGACGAAUUCCUUAAGCCUAUUAUUGUUGGGGGUGAUGAACGACGGAUCAAGGACGGUGACACCUUGUUCUUCUUCAACUACCGAUCUGAUCGGGUUCGUGAGGUAACCCAAUUGCUCGGAGACUACGAUCGAUCCCCCAAGCCUGAAUUUCCUUAUCCCAAGGACAUCCAAAUCACGACCAUGACACAGUACAAGACCGACUACACCUUCCCCAUCGCAUUUCCACCCCAGCACAUGGGCAACGUUCUCGCAGAAUGGCUAGCCAAGAAAGGUGUGAAGCAAUGCCACGUCGCCGAGACCGAAAAGUACGCUCAUGUGACAUUCUUCUUCAACGGCGGUGUGGAGAAGCAGUUUGAAAAUGAAGAUCGGGAGUUGAUCCCCAGCCCCAAGGUCGCUACCUAUGAUUUGGAGCCACCGAUGAGCGCUCAGAAGGUUGCAGACAAGCUCAGCGAGAGAAUUUCGGACAAUAAGUACGAGUUCUUGAUGAACAACUUUGCUCCUCCAGACAUGGUUGGCCAUACGGGUGUCUAUGAAGCAGCAAUACAAGGUGUGGCUGCCACAGAUGCUGCGAUUGGAUCCGUGUACGAGACUUGCAAGAAGGAAGGUUACAUCCUCUUCAUUACUGCCGAUCAUGGCAACGCCGAAGAAAUGUUGAAUGAGGAAGGAAAGCCAAAGACUUCUCACACAACCAACAAGGUUCCUCUCGUCAUGGCAAACGCACCAGAAGGAUGGAGUUUGAAGAAACAGGACGGAGUCCUCGGGGACGUGGCACCAACCAUCCUGGCAGCAAUGGGCUUAGAUCAACCUGAAGAGAUGGGUGGUACUAGUUUACUGAUCAAGAAGUAA